GUCCACUCCCGGUUGGUUGGCAUUCACCAUUUUAUGAGGUUCUACAUGUACCUAAGAAUGAUUGAUUAGAGGGUUCUCAAUAGAAUGCCCAUGUAGUGAGUGUGCUUGCUUUGAUUAUAUGCGCUGAGCCUCGGCCAAUGGCGAGACCUGCAAUCCGAACAUGAGAGCACUAAUUUCCCAACUGAGAGGUUGGGGGUCCUAAGGUUUAAUUUCAUUGGUUAUGGUGUGUUAAAUCGUUCUUUGAAGCCAUUUAGCAGGCUUUUAGCUUACAAUGUUAUUUGGGUGGGAUUCAUGCUAGAUAGGUUAAAAACUAAAUAUAGAUCCUUCACUACUGCACCAGUACAUAUUGAGUACUUACCAAUAGGGAAUAUUGAUUGGAUCUCUCUCUCUCUCUCUCUCUCUCUCUCGGGUACACACUGUUUUUGUAUUUGGAGAUGAGAUGGCCUUUUCGGUUGACGUGACAGAAAGAGAAGGCAUUCGCGUCCAAAGUGAAUAAAUUCAAUAAAUAGUUUGACGAGUACCGGACGCUUUGUUUGCAUAGGGUCAUGCUCCAAUCCUUUAGGCCGUUGAUGAUUGAAGGUAGAAAAAUAAAAGCCCAUAUUCCGCACUCACUGAGACCAAGGAAUAGCGGAAAGCAGAUUCUCAUGAAAUUUUAGAAUUCAUUGUUGCGGUAUGAGCUUUACUUCUUUGCAAUUGAUUGGUGGAGAUGUACAAAUAAAAAUAUAUCACGAAAUUAUAAUAUUUGCACGCCUUUUCCAUUUAACACCAUCUGAAGGGUAUGGAACGUGAACAUUACAUUUUGUUAUUUGGAGGAAGACACAGUUUGUAGGCUGCAUUUAGAUAUUGUGUCUAUAUCUCUUUCAAAAUUAUAGGAAGUAUUUAGAUAAGAAAAUUAUAGGAAAUCGGAUUGAUGUCUCUCUUAGACUUGUAGUGGUUGUGCAUUGAAAGACAUCACUCAACUAGUCAGCAUCAUCAGCAUCAUUGGAUUCAUUUUGAUGAUUAGUGCACACAACCUAUGAAAGGGGCAUGGGCUCUCCCACUGACUGUGAUGUGGAUUGCACGUAAUAUACACAAGAACUAGAAGACAUACAAGAGGUGUAGAAGAAAGAAGCCGACGAGAGUAAUGGUUGGUAAGGACGUGUACGUCCACAAAACCAAUACCAAUGACCAAGGAGAGAAAAGAGGAGACGGAAACUGUCUAAGAAGCUGUUUUUAGACAGAAUCAUCAAUUCACAGGUGGAGAGCCCUUUUUUUCUUUUUUGUGGCGGCAAAAUUCUGAUUUCGGACAUGUGCUAUUUUACAACGUGCCAUUUUAAUUUCCACUCCUAUUUACGGUGAGAUAUAGUUAUUUAUAUAAAUGAGUAGUUGGAAUUUGGAGUAGCUGUGUAUAUGCGGUUGGAUUAUGUAUAUAAUAAAUUAUCACUCCCACCCGCAUUUGAAGCGCGUGGGUCAAAAUUAAAAUGAAGUGGAAAGACAAGAACUGGGAAAAUAGAAUGGAUUAAGUAUAGUUAAGAAUAAAAAUACAAUAUCAGACAUUUAAAACGCUGAUUUCUUCCAAGAAAAUAAAUAAAUUUUAAGGAACAUAUAAAUUGUCAACACUAGUUUAAAUAUUGUUUUAUCUUAAUCCACUCAUCCUCUCCAAAUGUUGGGGAAAAAGUAUUAAAGAAAACAAGGUACCAAUUGCUUGGCUUCUUUAAAGCUGCGUUACUUCAUUCGAAUAAGAACGUGCAUUACACUUCUCCAAUAAGCGUUUUACGCCAACCGGCUUAUGUCAACUCCUCCCGUCUUCUCGCUCCUCACGUCUCUCGACUCUCUCCCUCCCUCUCUCGAUUCCCCUCUUUCUCUCUCUCGAUGUCAUCCAAAACAGAUAAGAAACACAAAUGAUGUUCUGAAUUUUCGAACCAAGCACGGCGGAGAACUAGAAAGAACAAGAACAACAGAGAAGAGGGAGAUAUAGAGAUGGACAACAUGCUAUGCGACGAGCUCCUUGAAGAAAUCUUUCAGAGACUUCCGCCAUCACCCUCUUAUUCACUGUCAGUCUCUUUGGUCUCCAAGCGCUGGCUUUAUCUCUACCGCAACUCCACGACCUCCCUCUCUCUCCGCCUUACCCCUCACAAUUCCACAAUCCCCUCCUUUUCCUCCCUCCUCUCCCACUACCCUUCUCUUCUGUCCCUCUCUCUCCUCUCCUCUGAACCCGCAGCCACAGCCGCCGCUUUCUCUGACCUCCUCCUCCUCGUAGUCACUACUUUUUGUUCCAAGCUUCAUAAUUUAAGGUUCUUGGCGGGCCCCGUCUCUCUUUCUUCCUUGAAUUCUCUCUCUUCAACCUGUAUCCACCUCACCUCUCUCUGUAUCAAUCUCUCUAGGCCUAUCCUUUUCACUUGGGUAAUGAAAUUUCCUGCUUUAAAGGAGUUAUCAGUCUUCGUAUGCUCUGGGGAAGGCCUAUUACGAGAAAUUGAGUUUGCUUGGGAAUAUGGGUCGUUGGAAAAUGAGGAUUUUGAUGCGGAAUUGGGCUUGGAGAAUCUUUGUUUGUCUGGAAUUCGAGCAGAUGAUUGGGGCUUUAGUUGGCUAUGGAGAAGCUGCAAAAGGCUGAAGAAAUUGCAGUUACGGAAUUGUGGAGGUGUUGGAGACGGAAGCUCUUUUCCGUCCUUUGUUAGGUGCUUACAGGGUCUUGAAGAGGUGGAGCUCAGGACCUGUAGGAGUAUUGUUGAUGGGGUGCUGUUAAAAUUGGCUGAAAAUUGCAAUUCUCUGAGUUCUCUUUUGGUUUAUGAUGGUGGUAGCAGAGAGGGUCUGCUGAGAUUCAUUAGCCGGUGCAGGUGCAAUUUGCAAAAACUCGAUCUUCGAUUACCACUCGACCUUAAUAAUGAGCACCUCUCGGCCGUUGCAUUAAAUUUCCGGGGUCUUUUGAGUAUUAGGCUUCAAAGUUGUUGCCUUGUCACUGGUGAAGGCCUUAAGGCUCUUGGGAUUGCCAUGAGUUCUGGGCUUGAAGAAUUGGCAUUGAUAAAUUGUGAUGUUGUGGAACGAGAACAGGGGUUGCUUGCCACAUUGGGGCAGAAUCUAAGGCAAUUGAGGAAACUGGAUUUGUCUUUUAAUGAAAUGUUACUUGAUAAGGAGUUUAUUUCAAUGCUAGCUUCGUGUAAUGAUAUUCUUGAUUUGAGGUUGAGAGGGUGCAAAGGGCUUACAAAUGCAGCCAUGGUCUCUAUGUUUAAGAGUUGCAAGCGCUUAAAGAAUGUUGAUAUUAUGCACUGUUGUGGAAUUGAGGCUGAGGCAGUGGAGCUAUUUGUUCUGAAUUCUCCACAAUUGAGACGGAUGCAGGUUGAAGAAAGCAAGCUUUCCGAUGUUGCGAGGACAUGGGCAUCCACUAACUUCAUUGAGGUUAUUGUUUAAUCGGAGAACAGGCCGCAGAAGAGCAGCUGUUCAAGUUGAUAGAAGUUUCAAGCGAAACGUGUACAUAUCACUCCACUUGUUCUAGUAUGUUUGUAAAUUUCUAUUGCUUAUUUCAUGGAACACAAGGAGAGACUUCUGGCUCUGUGAAUAAUUAUGAAUAUGAUUGUGUAAUAUUAAAUAAUUUAUAUCACACUAGUGAACUUUGAGCUUUUGAA